AUAUUGAUGUUUCUUCUCACCACUAGGUGACUCUGGACUUUGGCCCCAGGCAGAGCAAAGUCACCAGGCCUACACAGCAGGGGCUCCGCCUGGGGCAGGCCUGAUUUCUGACUUUUGGGUACACCAAGACCCAGCGCCUCAGCCUCCAGGAUGGGGCUGUGCACCCGUGCGUGCCCCCCCUUGUUCCUGCUGCUGCUUCUGGGGGAGGCCGCUGCUCAUCCCAUGACACAGCCCUGGUCCCACUCUCUGCGCUAUGACCUCACCGCCAUUUCCCAGCCCAGCCCCGGGCAGCCCGAGGUCACAGCAUUGGGCUACCUGGAUGGCCGCGCCUUCAUCGCCUAUGACAGCAGGAGCGACGGCGCCAAGCACAGGGGCCCAGGGGUCACGGACCCUCAACUGGCCCCAACACUGGCCAAUAGGGAGGCCGCGUUCUGGGAGGGUCACGCCCGGGACUUAGUUUGGGGUCUGAAGACCAUAGAGGGCUACAACGAGCUCAGCGUGACCCCAGGGUCUGGGGCCGGCGGGCCAGGGGAGGGCUCCCCAGGGCCCCACACCCUGCAGCUGAGCCUGGGCUGCGAGCUGGGCAACGGCGGCGGAUUCUGGCGCUACGGCUAGCGUGCCCGGCGGCGCUGCGGAGCUUGCUGGCCGCAGGGCUCGGGGGCCCCACGCCGGUCGUGCCCCCCAGGGUGGUGGUGACCCAGCAGGAGGAGCCUGAGGGCAAUCACAGCCUACGGUGCAGAGCGUUUGGCUUCUCACCGGCCAACAUCACUCUGACCUGGCUGCCAGUCGGGAAGGAGCUGACCCUGGACACUGGACUCCGAGGGACCCAGCCAGCCGGGGACGGGACAUACCAGGGCUGGGCGGCCGUCCAGGUUGCCCCUGGAGAGGAGCAGAGAUACACCUGCCUGGUGGAGCACCCGGGCCUGGAAGGGCCCCUCAGCGUGACCUGGGGCAGGAAUGACUCACUUCCCACGGAGGAGCCAGCUAUCACCCAAAGGCACCUUCUUCCCCCAGUCCCAGCGACAUGGAAAGGCGGCAAGAACUGAUUGAAGGCACACAGGCGACAUGGUGGUCAAGGCCCUGGACUGCCACAUGGCCAACCAUGGUGCGAGUCCCAGAUCUGGUGGCUUGAGAAUCAUGCCAGGCAUGUGUGCGUGCAUGUGCAGAGUCCCAAGAUGAGUACUGAUGAAAAGGAAGUGCAGCGUGGCCAUUCCCCCAGACACCAAGAGAUGAUCUCUCACCUUCCCUCUCACUGCUUUGGUCUCUCCAGCAAGCUCACACACCCUAUGGCACAAAUCUUUAAAAAAACAAAAUGCUCAGAUUGUCACAAUAAUGUUCUUUAUAGUCAUUUUUUCCAGCUCAGGAUCUAAUCCAGGAAAAUAAACAAUAGUCCAUGUCAGGUAU